UUCAAAUUCUAAAGACCGGUACACAAAACACAAUGGUUAUAAAUAAUACACAAUGUACAAUGUGUUGUUGAUACAAAAUUGUAUAAAAUGAUACAAAAUUAAGUAAGUCCUAAUAUUUAUAUUUAAAUACAAAAGUUAAUACUACCUGUACUAUAUUAUUGACUAAGAUAAACAUUAAUUAAUAUUUAAUUUUUUAAGUGUAUAAAAUCGGCUGAUAAAUAAUUGAUAUUUGUGUUUGAUAGAUCAAUGUGACAGCUGUUCUUAAAAUCAUUUUUGUUCAAUUGAUCAACAAAUUAUUGUUAUUUAUUUUUUUAUUAUUAUAUUAUCUAAAUUAACUUAGUAUUAUCUAUUUUUUAAAUUCAAUUUAAAGUGAUUUUUUAAAUAAUAAAAUGAACAAAGAAGUGACAAAUGAAUCUUUCAAUGAUCAUCAAAGCAUCACUGAUAAUAGUAGUAGUGUUAAUGAUGCAUCAAUAUCAAAAUAUAGACCACUCAGAAUAACUGAAAUUCAAGCAUCCGACAGUGAAGAUGAAGAUAGUGAUUCAAAGGAAAACUACACUGAAGAUGAUGAAGAAAAAGAAGAUAUUCAAGCUCAGCCAACAGACAAAUUAAAAUUGACUGAAAAACAGUUGGUGACACAAACAGUAUCUACCAAAUCAUCAUCAUUAUCAUCAUCAUCAUCAUUGUCAUCCCCAUCAUCAACAAAUUCAUCAUCAAGUUGGCAAAAUUAUUCAAAAGAUAAACAAUCUCAAAUAGCUAUUGAUAAAAAAUCACCAAUAAAUUUAACAAACACAAAAUUUACAACAGAUUUUGUUAAAAUGGAUAUUGAUGAAUUACCAAUGGAUUUUGUACAUAGCUGUAAAACAUCUGCUGAUCAAAUAAAUUUAAAAUCAGAUCAACAAAUACCUAAACAGUCAUCAUCACAUUGUGAAAAUAAAAAUAGACGUUCAAAUGUUAAACUUGAGGUACCAGAUGCUGUGCAUACAUCUCAAGAUAAACAAAUUCAUGGAAAACCUAUUUAUAAAGUUGAUAAUUCACUGUUAAAUAAAAUUGAUCAAUCAGCAUCUAGUGUACAGUAUAAUAAUGAUAAUCAUCAAAUAGCAAAUUCAACACAAAUUAAUUCUGAAACACCAAUGAAACAUCAGCCUCCAGUUGGUAGUAUGAGGCCAAUGCCAUCACAUUCACACAGAAGUAUAUUUCAAACACCACAAGGUAAAAUGCAAUCUGAUCAUCAUGUUUCUCAGACACCAUCAACAAUAUUAUCAAUGUGGUCACAUAAUCCAUUUUUAAGAACACCACUUCAAACUCGUGGUUCAGAUACUGCUACUGGACAAACUCCUAGUGUAUCAAGUGUUCAUAAAACUCAACCAUCUUGGUAUAGAAAUAAUGAUGGACAAGGUGUAAGAAGACCAUUGGUUGAAACAGUUCCAUCAGAUCAUCGUAUUGCCAAUGACAAUAGCCACUCUCAUUCAAAAGUUAAAAAAGAAUAUAUUGAAAAAACUGAACCACCUAGUCGUCGUGUUCUUGAUUUAGUACAUGAAAUUCCUCAACAAAUAUCAACUCAAGAAAAUCCACGACAAAUGGAUAUAAAACAAGAAAAUAAUCAUCAAAAAUUAACACCACCAAAUCAUCAACAACAACAACAACAGCAACAUCAUCAUCAUCAUCAACAACAACACCACCACCACCACCACCAUCAACAACAACAACAAAAAAUAAAUCCAGAAUCAAAAGAAAAUGAGCAUCCUCCAUCAAACACACUUGAUACAAUUAAAAAACAACAAACAAAUUAUCAAGUUGAUAAUUCAGUAUUAAAUCCAAGUAUUAUACAAAACAAUAUAUCAAUAGUACCACCAGUACCAGCACCACCAGCAGCACCAGUAGUAGCAGCAGCAGCAGCAGCAGUAGUAGUACCUCAAAAAUUACAUGAUAAUAAUUAUCAAAAUCAACAAAAAAAUCAAUCAAAACCAACAAUUCAAGCAUCAGUAUCAACAAAUAAACCAAAAACACUUGGUGAUUAUAUUACAGUAAGAGGAAAAAAAUAUUUAAUUCUUGGUUAUCUUGGUAAAGGUAUGUCUGGUGCUGUUUAUCGUGUACAAGAUAUUGAAACAUCUGAAUUACGAGCAAUUAAAAUUGUUGAUUUAAAAAAAAUGGAUAAAGAAAGUGCUAAAAGUUCAAUUGAAGAAGUUGAGUUACUUGAAAAAUUACAAGCACCAUGUGUUAUUAAAAUGUAUAAUUGUGAAAAACGUGAUGGUGUUAUAUAUACUGUUAUGGAAAUGGGUGAUACAGAUUUAUCACGUUUUUUACGUGAAGUUACUGCUGAAAAACGUUUACCAUUAACAAUGAUACUUUAUUAUUGGACUGAAAUGUUAACAGCUGUUAAACAUAUACAUGAUAAUGGUGUUAUACAUUCAGAUUUAAAACCAGCUAAUUUUCUAUUAGUACGUGGUAGAUUGAAGCUCAUUGAUUUCGGUAUAUCAUCAACAUUAAAUGGUGAUAUGACAUCUGUUAUUAAAAGUUCAACUGUUGGUACACUUAAUUAUAUUAGUCCAGAAGCACUAGUUGAUAUUAAUGAAAAUCCAGAUAACAAUGAUGCAUCACCAAAUCAUAAAGUUAAAUAUAAAAUUAAUUUUCAAUCAGAUGUAUGGUCACUUGGUUGUAUAUUGUACAGUAUGAUAUAUGGAAGAACACCAUAUAGCCAUAUUAAUAUACAAUGGAAAAAAAUACAUGCUAUUGCUAAUGAAUCUAAUAAUAUAUCAUUUAAAUUAUCACCAAAUUCACCAGCAGUACCACCAGUUCUUCUUGAUGUUAUGAAAAAAUGUUUACAAAAAAAUCCAAAAGCAAGACCAUCUGUUGAAGAAUUACUUCAAAUUGAGUAUACAUCAUUUGAUAAAACAUUUGCAAGUUCACCAGCUGUUCCACCAAAUAUUCCACCAAAUAUUUUACGUAAAAUAAGAGGAGCACUUGGUGAUGACGAGUGGCGUGAUUUUGUUCAAUGCAUGGUUAAGUAAAUGAAAAUCAACUAUAAACCAUUUCAUCAUUUUCAAAAACCAGUGUACAUACCUUGUUAAAUAAUAUCAAUUUUUAAAUCAGGAUAAUUUUUUUUCAUCACUAUUGUAUAGAUAAAAAAAAAAAAGGAAAAACGAAGGAAAAUCAUAUAUAUUUUAAUUAUUUUUACUUGAAAAAACAUUUGCCUAUAAUGGUGUCUUCUUUUUUUUUUUUUUUUUACUACGAGAAAAAAAAAAUAAUUAUGUAUUUAAUAAAAAUAUAAACAACUUAUUAUUAAA